AUGUCUAUUGACGGGCCGGAGAUUGGCACCCUGGUCGCCGUCAUCGACCGGGCGAAGAACCUGCCGAACAGGAAAACUUUGGGGAAACAGAACCCAUACUGCGCUGCGAGGCUGGGAAAAGAGGCGAAGAAGACAGAAACGGAUAUGAGAGGCGGGCAAACACCAAAAUGGGAUCAGGAACUACGAUUUACUGUUCACUCUUCGCCGGAUUACUAUCAACUGAAGCUUUCCGUCUUCAAUGAUGAUAAGAAAACAGAUCUUAUCGGAGAAACAUGGGUGGAUCUGAAGAACGUUAUUGUACCGGGUGGCGGGCAAAACGACUUGUGGCACAACUUACAGUGCAAGGGGAAAUAUGCAGGCGAAUUAAGAAUGGAGCUGACGUACUACGACACUCGACCUAAAGAUGAAGCAGUCAUCGAGCGGAGAAAGGAGGCCGCCGCUGCUGAAAAGGCCGAAAGAAAGGGUACAACCGCUCCGGACAAGCCUCAACCCACUUCCAAAAGGACCAAAGGCCCGAGGAGGAGGCCAUUGCCAGUUGACCCUACAGGCUCAUCUUCCUCUGCCCCUCGUCGGUCACCAAAUCUAGAAAAUCAGCCAGCACAGCCAGCGCAGCCUCCCCCUGGACACAGUCCUCCCAUCAGAUCUAAGCAAAUACCGAGCAAGGUCCCACAUGCCAGUCAGGCUCAGCCGGUAACUACCCACCAUGCCUCAAUCCCCAAAGGUGCUCGACACUAUGAAACGCCAGAUGAUCUUCAUCAGCAAUGGGAGGAACCCGCACCCAGUCAGCCUCAAGCGGCAUAUCCACCCAAUCACCCGCAUCAGCCUCAGCAGCAUUAUCAAGGGGACUAUGAAAAUGCCUACAGUCAGCACCCCACACACACAGAAGUUUCCCAGCCACCGGCACAGCCUCAGAUGACAGCACCGGUGCAAACACAGACACCACCUCCGGCCCCGGCUCCAGUUCAAGUACCAGCUCCAGCUCCAGUGACGGCUUCAAAUGAUCAUUCGUAUGGCAAUCCACAUGCCGAGUGUUACUAUGAGCCAGAGCGUAUUGAAUCUACCCAGCGGCACAGCCAACAGCCACACGUGGAUAAUCAUUGCCUGUCGCAGGAACCCAUUGCACGCCAAAGUCACCAUGGCCAACAGGCGAAUAAUCAUUAUAUCCAGGAGUCUGCUCACCGUCCACAACAGCCGCAAACAGAUAAUCACUAUGCACAUGAACCUGCUGUUUAUCACAGCCAUCAACAGCAAACCGAUAAUCAUUACUCUCAAGCUCUGGUUGCCGUUAACCGGCCUCGAGGCCCGUACGAGGCACCACAAAGGAAGGCUGUCCGUCAACCAACCGGCUCCGACUCUCGACAAACUAGUCAGCACUCAUACCCUCCAAUGUCUAGAGGGUCCAUGCAUGGAAGUUCUGAGGCAUAUAGUCAUCAUGAGUCUCCCGAGUCUCAUCAGCUUCAACUCACUCAUAGCCCUUCCAACCACCCUGGGGCUAAUCAUCACUAUAGCUCGUCAAUGGGAAGAAAUGACGUGUUUCAGGAGAGGCCCUUGCGGAAUUCCAUGAAACAGUUAGACUAUCAUCGCUCCGUUAACAGCCACGGCCACAACAUUGGCCAUGGACAUGGUCAUAUGCAGCCGCAGGUCCAUGAAGCUGACGAAGAACAUGAUCUCCCACCACCCCCCCCAAUACACCGUGAUGGGCUUGGAAAGCAGCCGACUACAGUGCAGCCAGAGCCAACGCAGUCCAUGGAUCAUCACCAACUCACACAUCGCUCACAGCCUAUCCCGAUGCCACAGCCACUCAACUUCAGCGGUUCUAGUAGAAAUUCUCACCGAUCAACUGGAGAAAUGCACCAGGAGUAUGUUGCUUACUCUCCUCAUAUCUCCAACCAGGGAUACAGUACUUCACCAAUCCCUAACUCUACCUCACCAACCCCAUCAUAUCGUUCCACCAUUCAGCCACAGGAGUUGGCGCUACCACCAGAAAGGCCAAAUACAUCCACUGGUGAAUCAAUUCCAUCUGCUCUCGUUGCUGGGUAUGACCAACAAGUCCCCCAAUCUGACCAUAAUGUUGCUCGCCGCAGGAGCGACAUCUCAAUGCAUCCAACUCAUAUCGAUGAUCCUCCCGCUCAGGCAAUACCUGACAAUCGGGUUGCCAGACGUCAAAGUUAUGUCCCGCCUCAGCCAACGCGUGCCUCACCCUCGCCUAUACCAGAGCGGAAGUCAGUUUCGCCUGACCCUCGACAAAUCCCCGCUCGUAAAUCCCUUACCCCACAACCGCCCCCGGUUACCGACCCGGACUCUCUUCCAGGAAUUCCCUUUAGCCCAGACUCCUAUGACUCGCUGAACCCUGCAGCUGCUCGCUCUUCUGCCCUUAUUCAGCCUGCAUCUCCCUAUGAAACGCCUGAAGAAGCUAUGGAAGCUGCGCGUCAGCAUGAGGUUGACAAACUACGUGCUCUUGGGCCUAUAAUAGGUAAUGAUGGACGGGUUAUCGAUCCAUCGGAUCACUUGCCCCUUGAUACUUGGGCACCGGAGCCAGAGAGGAAAGUUAAGAAGCCAGAGGUCGUGGUUCGGUUCAAACACACGUCACACACAAAUACUGUAGACCCGCGAGUGAAAACACUGGAUCGUACUUCAGCUCGACAUUCAUAUCAGCCAUCUUUGCAGUCGAGCCACAAUACUCCUCCGGCUAGAGCUCCAAAACGUAUCACCUACGUUCCUUUAUCAUCCAGCUCCAGUAGCGGGAGCACAACCAACACUACCACACAUAACCGCCCUUCCUCUUCAUCUCGCCAAACUAGCAGCAACGCACUUCGAGAGCAGGAGAAUAGCUCAUCAAAUUAUUCACCGCCCGCAAACAUCAUGACCCCCCCCCAUUACCGCGCACGACAGGCCCAGGCUCAAGCCCAGACCCAGGCGCAAGCACACCGGCGUUCUCCUUCUCCUUGCCCUUCCGCUCAUCCUCUGCAUUCUCAUUCACCCUCGCACUCAGGUAUAUCAAAUUACUACGAAAAAAGUGGCCCACCUAUUCCAGCGAAAGUCCCUAUCCACCCUGGCUCUCAGAAUUAUUCUUCAAAUGGUUAUUCCAACGGCGGCAUGGGAGGAGACCUGGAUGCACUAAGCGAGGAGAUGAAGAGGAUUGAUAUUGGAGUCGGGAAGAACAUGUCCAGUGCGCUUGUCAGGAAAGGACGACAGUCUUACGUUGAGAAUUAUGAUUAUGAGCAAUGA